CAGCGCGUCACUUUCGUUACGCAAAUCCGCCAUUUUGUAUGUAGCUGGCGGUGCUUCGCGGCUUAGUUUCUUCGUUUAGUGAAUUUACCUACGAUAAACUGAAGAACUUUCUUCUAACUGACUCAGCAAGCCGGCUGUUCAUAAAAUUGACGAUUUUGUGAUUUUAGUUUACUCAUAUACCUUGUGCAUUCGUGAUUUGUGAGUGUCCUGUAAUAGGAGCGCGUGGCUGGUCUUUGUUGUUGGAUUUCGCUUAUUUACGGUUGUGGGACAGUGAAACGUGUCUACGUAUACUAACUACAAAGUGCAGUGCUAACUUUUGGGGCGUGCGUGUUUGAGUGCGUGCGAGUGUGCAGACAACGUCGCGGGAGGUGCUCGCGCGCGUGUGUGUGUGUUUAAGUGCUAGUGACACGGUGAGAGUGUUGUGCGUCGUGCGGUCCCAGGUGGCGCCGACGCUGCCGUCAAGUCAAUGCCGUUGUGCCGAUGGAGCGGUGAUCGCGGCCUGACUACGUCGCUACAGCAGCGCUGGUGACGCGCUGCGGAACAUAUAUUAAAGCGGCUUUGCCGCUUUAAAUGGACAAACGCAAGAUGCUGCCAAAGAGAGCGCGCAUGGAUAGUAUGCGGGGUCCUAUUGCAAACGGACCCCUGCAAUCAAGGCCACUCGUGGCCCUGCUGGACGGUCGGGAUUGCACCGUCGAAAUGCCGAUCCUGAAAGACGUGGCGACGGUCGCCUUCUGCGACGCGCAGUCGACGUCCGAAAUACACGAGAAGGUACUCAACGAAGCGGUCGGGGCCCUCAUGUGGCACACCAUUAUACUAACCAAGGAGGAUCUUGAGAAGUUCAAGGCGUUACGGAUCAUAGUACGCAUCGGGUCAGGUGUCGAUAAUAUCGACGUUAAAGCCGCCGGCGAAUUAGGAAUAGCGGUAUGUAAUGUUCCCGGGUACGGAGUCGAGGAGGUAGCCGACACCACGAUGUGUCUCAUAUUGAAUUUAUAUCGACGGACGUAUUGGCUAGCCAAUAUGGUCAGAGAAGGAAAGAAAUUUACAGGGCCGGAGCAGGUGCGCGAGGCGGCGGCGGGGUGCGCGCGCAUCCGCGGCGACACGCUCGGCAUCGUGGGGCUCGGCCGGAUCGGCUCGGCCGUGGCGCUGCGGGCCAAGGCGUUCGGCUUCAACGUCAUAUUCUACGACCCCUACCUGCCCGACGGCAUCGAGAAGUCGCUGGGCCUCACCAGGGUCUACACGCUACAGGACUUAUUAUUCCAGAGUGACUGUGUCUCACUGCACUGCAGCUUAAACGAGCACAAUCACCACCUCAUCAACGAGUUCACCAUCAAACAGAUGCGUCCUGGUGCGUUUCUGGUGAACACGGCGCGCGGCGGGCUGGUGGACGACGAGGGGCUCGCCGCCGCGCUCAAGCAGGGCCGCAUCCGAGCCGCCGCGCUCGACGUGCACGAGAACGAACCCUUCAACGUCUUCCAGCAGGGUCCGCUGAAAGACGCUCCGAACCUGCUGUGCACGCCGCACGCGGCCUUCUACUCGGACGCGUCCGCACAGGAGCUGCGCGAGAUGGCCGCCUCGGAGAUCCGCCGCGCCAUCGUCGGCCGCAUCCCCGACUGUCUGCGGAACUGCGUCAAUAAGGACUACUUCAUGGCGGGAACGGGCGGCGUGGUGGGCGGAGUGGUGGGCGGCGUGGUGGGCGGCGUGGUGGGCGGCGUGGUGUCGGGGUCGGGCGGCGCGGGCGGCGCGUACGGCGAGGGCAUCAACGGCGGGUACUACGGCGCCGCGCAGGCCGCGCACUCCACCACCGCCGUGCACGAGCCCGCCGCGCACGCCGCGCAGCCGCCGCCCGCGCAGCCCGCGCCGCAGCAGCAGCCGCCCAUCACGCUGCCCAUAAACACGACGGACCCGGCCAACCACCAGAUCCCCAAGCAGGAGAGCUCGGACGUGCACUAGACGGGGGCGGAGGCGCCGACAAUAGUUUAACCGGGGCGGAGGCUCGCCGCCCGCACUCCUCACACUAUUCUAUUUCUACUUAAUUCGCGUUGUAUGUAGCUUGAUGUCUCGCGGUACUCCGGCGGCGACGCCUCUAUGACAAUAAAGUGUUUGACUGUUGAGGCGUCCCUCCCGGGAAGACGAACACCUACACAUAUAUAUAUAUCGGACGGGACCUUGUGUGUGUGAUUGUAAACAGUGCGGUUCUACGAGAUUCGUUUGUUAAUUAUAUAGGUGAUAUAUAUAGAUUUGUGUUUCCAGCGACGCGUCUUGAAUGUGUUGUGUCGGUCUAGCGUACACAUAUAUACAUAUACAUACAUACAUAUAUAUAGUAUAGUUUUUGUUCUGGCGUAUAUAUAUUAUAUAUCCAUAGCUUUGUACAGUCACCGGGUAACAAGAGCCCAGUCUGCGCUCACGUGCGACUGUCGCCGCUCGUGUGUACAGAUUGCAAUUUAAUAUAAAUAUAAUUUUGAAUUAAAAUUUCACGAGACGAACAAAUAUUGUUUGGUACUGAAGGCGGAAUCGAAAUUGGAUUUAUUAUUGUUUCUCAUACGCCCCGGAACGAUCCUAAGCGUUUGCAAAAAUGUUUGUAUACAUAUUACGUAAUACCAAAAUUAACUCUUAGACAAAAUUGCAAGUUCUACUAUCAUCGUCUGAUAUUUUAUUUCUAAACGGUUUAUGUAGUGUUUUUAGUCUUAAAAAAAACGUGUAUUAAAAUUUUUAAACGUAAGAAGAAAAGACUGGUAGUACAGUUGUCCGGGGACACGCCGGGCUGGAGGACUAUCAUCACAUUUACAAGGGACGCAGUACACAGAGGAGGUCAAAUAUUUUUUUAAUUUUUUUUUUUUGUGGAACUUACAAAAAUCAUGCUUUCAUUUGAUUAUUUUUCUUUUCUAAAUAGACUUAAGUGAUUAUAAAAUAAAUAAAUAAAAAAAAAACGAUUUGUAAAUGAAUGAAGAAAACACCAUU